UUUAACUUGACCAUCUCUUCUAGAGGUCUUGAUGGGUAAACAGCCUCUGACAAUCACCGUUGCCGUCGUUCUUUUCUCGUGGGUUAAAAUUGAGUCGGAUCUGAAAGAUAAAAGCCACUCUCCACACUCAAGUGAGAGCAGUCUUGGAGGAAGUAUGCUCAGAUCCACACACCUGAGUUUGGUUGUCUUAGUCCAGGGGAGUUUGGUCCUUCUGCUCUUGUUCCAAUGCCGGGACCAAGUCCAAGCUCAGGGCGUGGGCGAAGAUGGCGGUGAGUACUACAGUACGCAACUGCCCAGGUCCUUUGGGAGUGCCCACAAGUUCGAGCCUUUACCGGGCAUACCCGUGGGCGGUCACUGUCGUUGGGAGGUCAAGCUAGACACAGUUUACGAUCGAAUUCCUUCAACCAUAACGGAAAUAUUGUGUCGCAAUCCUUCCGACACUUGUGGCGGCAACACGAAUUACGAGUGCCAGGCGAUCAAAGCUAAAAUGGUGGUGGCUUAUGUAGAUCCCUCGGAUGAUACCCUUUUGACGUAUCAGAAUAAAACCGUUUCAAUAGCUUGCGCCUGUGUCACCAAGGGUCCAAUCUUUCUCUCAACUUUUGCGAGACCUCCGGCUGAAAAAAAGCGGGGUAUUUCGCAAGCUUGAUGAACUUAAUCUCGCGACAACCAUAACUACGACAACCACGAACAUUCACCACAACCAAAACCACCACCACCAACAACAACACCAACAACUUCAAAAGCAUUCCUGCCCUACAAAUGAUACUUUUCGCACAGCAACAACUACGACUCAUACCCCAUUAUCAGCAGCAGCACCAACAACGACAAAAAUUGACAUCACAAUCUUCAAAAAUGGUUGUUGAUAAUUGUUCUCAUCGUUCGAAAAUUCAUCGGGAUUGCGAAGUGAGGUGAAGUAGAAUCGGACAGACUGACCACUUUGGCAUGUUGUUCCCAUGUGUUUUCGCCCUGGCCUCAGUUGAUGUAAAAAUUAAACCAAUUCGCAGAGUAUCAUUUGCUAGUCCUUUUGUUCAGAAAUCGUGAUCCCUCUUUUAGACGAUUAUCUUUGGCCCAUCAUCCCCUACCUUCCUCCCUACGCUCAUCGUUCCAAGCCUCCCCUUUGCUUUUCAGUCAGUUGUUUACGUACUGUCGUUGUGUUCACAAUAUUUUGCCAAUCGAGUUUGUUUGUCACACAUCUCAAAAUUCAUUCAUGCUUCAAAUAUAUCCGUUAUCGCCUCGAAUGAGAAUUAAUAAAACGAUCUUAGAUUUUGAAAGAUAUAGCUACAAUUCUUCCUUGGGAUUAAACCUCGUUCUAGAUUCAUCACUUAGUACGUGUUCCACUCAAUUUGUUUUCGUAGAUUUUCAGAUAGUUAGAACUCGGACGCUGAUUCGCUUGUAAGUACAUUCCCAAUUCUUAUCGAAAUAUAGCUUAUGUUGCUGAAAAUGUCUUUAUGAAAUACAAAAAAAAAUCACUGUCAUGAUAUUACUGCGUGACCCUUUUCUUCAUGAUCAGUGUGU